AUGUCGAGACACGUUUCGCUUCCAAUUGAGGAGAAACCGUAUGAGCAACAUAUCGAUGACUCAAAUGCUGAUCCGACUUUGCAACAAAUUGGAACGAGAACGACUGCAGCUGGUACAGAGACUGAAAAAGGUAGUACGAGAUAUGCUAGUUCUGAAACUGGCUUAGCAUUCAAAGAUGAGAACAAAAAGGCUGAGAGGAGGUUAUUGCUAAAGCUUGACAUGGCUAUUCUGCCUUUCGCGGUAUUACUUUAUUUGAGUGCUUAUCUCGACAGAGGUAACUUGGCAAACGCUCGUUUGCAAGGACUCCAAAAGUCCGUCUUGGAUAAUUCGGACCAGAACUACUCGAUCGCUCUGGCAAUGUUCUUCGUCACUUACAUCGUUUUCUCUGUUCCUGGUACUUUACUAGCUAGACAAUUCUUACCUUCCCGAUCCAUCGCAUGCGGAGCAAUGAUCUGGUCCAUUGCCGCUACAUGUCAAGCAGCGACUUUCAACAAGGCGGGUUUAUUUGUCUGUCGUUUGUUUGUCGGUAUUGGAGAAGCCAUGUUCGGUCAAGCAAUGGCUUUACACUUGUCGUACUGGUACACCAAACACGAUCUCGCUAAACGUGUUGGUCUGUUCAUCUCGGCUGGUGCUUUGGCGGGAGCAUUUGGUGGCUUGCUCAGUUAUGGUGUAUCGAGUAUCAAACAUUCGGCGAUUCCCCAAUGGAGGAUCUUGUUCUUGAUCGAAGGAUGUCCCUCGGUAGUAUUGGCGAUCUGUACAUUCCUUUUCAUGCCUACUAGACCUGAGACGUCCAGAUAUCUCAACGAAGAAGAAAGAACUCUAUGUUUAACGAGGUUGAACGCCGAAUCAAACGUCGAGACUUCCACAGGUAUUGAAUGGGGAGGAGUCAGACGAUGUUUGAUGGACUGGAAGACUUAUGUCAUUUCCUUGGCCUACAGCUGUAUGAAUUUGAAUUUAGGAUCAGUGGGCGGCUUCUUACCUACCAUUAUCAAAGGAUUCGGGUACUCCAACGCCAGAGCACAACUCUUUACCGUCCCACCAUACGCCGUCGCGCUAGUAUUCAUGUUACUCUUGACUUCCUUCUCCGAUUACAAGCAGUCGCGAGGUAUCCCCGUCGCAUGUGUCUUCAUCUUAGGAUUGAUCGGAUGGUCGAUCCUUUUGGCUGUGCCCGCCAGCCACAUCUCACAAUCUCAGUACUCUGCACGUUAUCUGGCGUGUAUAUUGGUUGUAACAGCAGGGUAUACAAAUAUUCCCUUGAUCAUCUCUUGGCAAUCGGGCUGUACGGGCUCUCAGUCACAACGAGCUACUAGUUUGGGUAUGCUGAAUUCGGUUGGACAAUGCUUGAGUCUAUUGGCUGCAUUCCUGUUCCCGUCGAAAGAAGGACCCCAAUACCGAAAAGGCGCAAUAGUCAACAUUGCUUUCCAAGCAUUGGGUUUGGUCCUGGUUCUAGCUAUGACAGCGUGGUACAGAUACGAGAAUAAACGAAGAGAUCGAGUAGAAGGUGGCCGACCUCCCAAAGGAACUCCGUUGAACGUUGUCGAGCAGUACGAUUUGGCUCCUGGUAAGUGA